AUGGAAGAAUCCAAACAUCGGAAAAGAUUAAAGAAGCUAAAACCUAACAAGCCUAGCUCUCCUUCCUUCAUUGAAGAUUUUAUACCUAAAAAAUCCGGAGCUUCCUUAUCUAAAGACAAUAAUCCAAAGCCGCUUAUAUCCUCUGAGACAAAACCAGUUUUUGAAGAUGACUCAUCUUUGGAUGAUUUUAUUACUGACAAAGUCGAAUAUGAUAGAUAUGGACCACCUGUAAGCUCAUCUGAGUCGGCUCAUUCUACCGACGAAGAAGGUGGAGCGCGGAAAAUCCAUAAACGUAAAUCUUCAAGUAGCAGUGAAGAAAGUGCAUCAGAUACCAGCAGUUUGGCAGAAUCCAACGAAUUUAUUCAAGAAGAUUUAGAUUUAAAUGAAGAAAACAAAGAGCCAAAAAAGAUUUUAGUUGGCAAACAGGCGUUAGAAGAAAAAAGGGCUCGUGGACUAAUUCCUAAUGCUCCAAAGAAAGACAAGCUAGAAAACAGAGAAAAAAAGCACAAAAAACAUGACAAGCAUGACAGAAAAUCAUCAAAAAACCAUGAUAAACACAAAUCAAAGAAAUAUGAAGAAAUUGUUGAGAGAAAAAAGAAAAAUAAAAGUCCUGAUAAUUCGAAAAAAUAUAUACAGUUUAAAGAAUUCACUACAAGAGAAGAGAGAGAAAAAGCUGAAAUUGUUACAAAGAUAUUGGCGAGAUGGUGAUAUAUUGCUGAAGAUUGGCCUCCAGCUGGUUAUGAUUAUAGCCUUGCUCUAAAACAAAAUAAUUUGAGGCUUGUAAAUAAAGAAAACUGAAGUGUGGAGCCUAUUGAAGUUGAUGGCUUAGAAAAGGUCAAAGAAGUGCCUGGCUUUCAAGGACUAUUUAUGAAUCACUUACUUUCCCACUCGGCGAGCGAAUAAAACAUUCCUUAUUUUUAAACAAAGUUUUUUUUAUGAAAAAAAUUUUGAUAUAUAAGUGAAAUUGUUAUAAUAAAUCUCUUGCUAAAUUCUUUUUAAUUUGGACAGCUUGCAUCCUAAAACAUAAAUUUUGAAAAUUAAAUUAGUUUUUAUUCUCAAUUUUUAAUAGAAUUUUUUUAAAUUUCUGGAAAAAAAAAAUCUAUCUAAAUUUCUUAAAAAAAAAAUUUAACCAUCCUCCAUAAGCGAAGAAAAUUUUUAUGUUGGGAGUUGGGAAAAGUCCAUGACUUGAGACCUGCUGAAAUUUGUCCAUGCUUUAAUUUUUAUUUUAAAAAAUCAAAAAAAGAACUGUUAAGCUUGUUGUUAGAAGCUCUCGAGAAACAACUAGAAGUGCUAAAUCAACAGCCUAAGCCUGAUGUACAAGUCCAAAAAGAUCUAAGGAAAGAAAUUGAAUAUUACCACAAAUAUUCAAAUUAA